AUGACUCUGGAAGAUAAUAAACUAACACAGGAGGAGAUGGAUAUAAUCAUGUCCGAAGCAAGAGCAGGUGAGUUAGAAUCAUUGAAGGAGAUAUUUGAGGAAAUACCCAAAGAAUCAUUACUAGAUAUUAAAGACAACAUGACUUUAGCCACUCCAAUACAUAUGGCUGCUGCCAAUGGUCACUUGGACACAGUCAAGUACCUUCUUUCAAUUAUACCCAAGCAAGAAGCUAUAAGUCUAACGAAGGCAAAGAAUGAAACGGGAAAUACGGCUUUGCACUGGGCAGCAUAUAAUGGACAUUUGGAAGCUGUCAAAUUGUUAGUUGAAGAAUAUGAAGCCGAUGCAUUUGAGAAGAAUGAGGCUGGCCAUGAUUCGAUAUAUGAAGCAGAAAACAAUGGGAAAGUCGACGUAGAAAAUUGGUUUUUGAAAAAGUACGCCCCAGAAGAAGAUUUCAAAGUUGAGGAAGAUGGUGAAAACACCAGGAUUAGUUAUCAACCGGGUAAAGAAAGUAAAUUGGCUGAUGAUAAUGCUAGGGAGGCAGCUUUUGCAGCUAAAGUGGAGAGCAAGCAAGUUGGAAAAGCAGAAAAAGGUGACCAACUGCUUGAAAAUUCAACUGCAAGCUUAUCUCUUGACUCGUGA